GCGAACGUUGGGACGCGCCGCUCGCGCCCGCACCAUCGCGAAUCCACAAGUUUUGAAAUCCGAACGCGAUAUUACUUUUUGUUUUUUUAUUUUCACAACUUCAAACUUUUUUUUUAAUAACGCCGCUUUCCGGCCAGUGUUGGGAGUUCGAGUGUGACAAAAGCAGUGCGUAAAUGUCGAUUUCUGAACGUGUUAAACGUUUUAACGCUAAUCACCGCGCGUAACCGUGUUUCAAAAAUAAAACGUUGCCGAUUCGAAACCGGAGCACCUCGAAGGUUAAUGACAAAAUAAAAAGCGUGCAUUAAAUUAUGUGUCUAACUAAACUGCCAGCGACUGGAUUCCUGCCUUUAUUCUGAAACACCUAAUAUUAUAACUAGUAUCCAUGUCCGCUUACGCGAAAACCUCGAACGCACGGUGAGAGCAAACGACAAAGAAUGAAAAGAAGAAAAGAUGACACAAGCGCUCUCUCUGCUCAAGUUCAUAAAGAUACCGAAGAAGUUAAACCAACGUGACGUGUGACCGACACUGCCUACCACGUGCCUUACGAACUAUCUGGUGCUCGAAUCAAUAAAAUAAUAUAACUACAAAAUAAUGUUAGUGACACCGAAACAUCUGCAAAGACUCAAGCGUUUACAAUGUUAGACGUCUUUAGAGGAUUGAAGAAUCUCAUUAAAGUGAACUAUAUACACAUCGACUCCCCAGUAUUUAGGUUACACUACUCAAUAACUGUUAUAUUGCUAAUAUCAUUUAGCUUGAUUGUGACUACGAGGCAGUACGUUGGCAACCCUAUAGACUGCAUCCAUACGAAGGACAUUCCUGAGGACGUGUUGAACACUUAUUGUUGGAUCCAUUCAACUUAUACAUUAAAGAGUUUCUUCAAUAAGAAGGUGGGAGUGGAGGUCCCGUAUCCUGGCAUCGGGAACAGCCGGGAGAAAGGCAAGGAGGAUAUGAGCGACAGGAAAAUUUACAAGUACUACCAAUGGGUGUGUUUUUGCCUAUUUUUUCAGGCGAUGUUAUUCUAUGCACCGCGAUGGCUGUGGAAGUCAUGGGAAGGCGGGAAAAUCCGCGCCCUCAUGAUGGACCUCGACGUGGGCGUUUGCACGGAGAUAGAGAAGAAGACGAAGAAGAAACUGAUCCUGGACUACCUGUGGGAGAACCUGAGGUACCACAACUGGUGGGCCUACAGAUACUACCUGUGCGAGGGACUAGCCCUUGUAAAUGUUAUAGGGCAAAUGUUCCUGAUGAACCGGUUCUUCGACGGCGAGUUCCUGACCUUCGGGCUGGACGUGAUCGCGUACAUGGAGUCCGACCAGGAGGACCGCGUCGAUCCCAUGAUAUACAUAUUUCCAAGAAUGGUAAAAUGUACACUGUUCAACAAGUUCGGCUCGUCCGGCGAAGUGGAGCGGCACGAUGCACUCUGCAUCCUCCCACUGAACGUGGUCAACGAGAAGAUCUACGUGUUCCUCUGGUUCUGGUUCGUGAUUCUCGGCUUUCUCACCUUCAUCACGCUGCUGUACCGGCUCGUGAUCAUCUUCUCCCCGCGCAUGCGCGUGUACAUGAUGCGAAUGCGCUUCCGACUCGUUCGACGCGACAAUGUCGACACUAUAGUCAGGAGGAGCAAGAUGGGCGACUGGUACUUACUCUACAUACUCGGGGAGAACCUCGACUCCGUGAUAUUCAGGGACAUUAUGCACGAGUUCGCCAACAAACUGAACCACAACUACCAGCAUCAUAUCCACGGUGUCCCGGACGCGUGACCUCCGAUCCCCGGGUGGGUGUUCCACACGUGACUGACGUCUUUGCAGCGCGACAUGGACCCGCCCGUUUGAGUUGUGUCACAACUUUUCAAACGAACGUUUAUUGAAAUCAAAGGGAAAGUGAAUACUCUCUUUGGACGUUCGAAAACACAAGCGGGCCAAGUCGGCUGCCUUGAGGCACCCCAAGCCUCACCUGGACAAUACUGCGGAGUGUAUCAGAGACUUAUUAACAGAUACUUCUGCAAACGUUGAGGAUCGUAACAGUGCAAUUCUAAACACGCAAUAAUAGUUCGUACUUAAUCUAUAAGAACGUGAUCUCAGGGUGAAUCCUAUCAAAGGCCUUUUGAAUGUCAGCGAUGUCGGCUAUCCGGUUAGUUAUCUAGUGUUCAACUUUUAGAAGUAUUUUACUCAUAGUUUCGCUGCUCGUAGUGAUUGAUCGAAUCCGCUUCUCUUUUCUAUUCUAGCUAUAUAAUCGAAUUAAGCACACGGAUAAAAGCACACAACUUUAUCUUUUUUACACAACUUCUCACUUGCCAAAAAUUUGUAAGACCAAAUAAUAAGGCAAUAACUAAAAUAAUUUAAGUACGGUAGAGUAGGAUCUAAUUGAAUUGAUAGGGUUUUAUUAUUUCAAAGAUGGCCGCUGGUUCACUUGUCAGAGCGGCCCUCCUGGACUUAUUAACUUUUGAGUGCCAAAAGACAAAUGAAUUUCCUUGCAAAGCAUUCUGAGUUAAAUUUGUCAAAUUUUACUCUGGGAUUAAAUCCGUAGUUAAAUUAUUAAUAUUUAUUAAAAUUUAAAAAUAAAUUAAUUCUUAUUAUAAUAAAUUAAUUUAUCCAGAAUUCCAGAUUCACUGCCAUUAUUUAAUAACUGAGUUGUACCUAUUUAAUGCUGAAACAAUAAGUUUUGUAUUAAUUUUAAUAUAUUAAAUCUAUCUUUCUUCAUAUAAAAUUUACAAAAUCAAAAGUGCUUAGUCUAAAUAUUAUGUAGGUCGAAUUGUAUCAAAAAAAAAACUUAGUUGUGCCUAAUUCAGUACCUCGUGUUAGACGAAUAUGAAUUUGUUGAAAAAUGUUGUGUUCGUACGGAUAUUAAAAUUUGUAGGAUUAUAAUAACGAGCUACUAAACCAAGAGGCUUCGCUAGUUUUUAGGGUUCCGAAGCACACGAGAAACCCUCAUUUGUAAUAACAGAAGUAUCUUUCUGAUAACAUUUUAUUGAGUAGUGAAUUACUUAUUCAAUAUAUUUUGCCUCGCAGAAAAUUAUAAUACAGUCAAUACUAAACUUUCAUAAAAAUAUCGUUAUAAUCAAGUGACCAUUGAAAGAAUUUCAUUUUCAGUUAUCUGAGUAUAUGAAAUUUUGAUUAAAAUAUCUGCAAUUCGAAUUCAUUGACGCGUUAUCUGUAACGUGGUGAUUUCUCUUUAGGUUUAGUAGCACAAAGUAAAUGUAAACUUUGAUCGUAAAAUGUAAAGUAACAAUUUGGUAUGUUGAUAAGUUUGCUGACUAAGGUAUAUAAAUAUGUAUAAAAAUUGAUUUGCAAUGUUCCUAAAAUUCCCGAUAAAUUGUAAUUUAACUAAUUCACCAUUUCCUCCAGGUACAGUCGACGACAAAGUGAUAGUUUCAAUCAUUAGCAAAAAAAAAAACGCAAAUGUAAUCGCUUUUAUUCAUUGACUGUACCUGCCUACUCACACAAUAUCCUUGUUUACACGAACCUGUACUUACAAUUGGUUGGUUAUUGUAAGAAAUAAGCCUUGCAUAAAGCCAUACAUACAGUACAUAGGGACCAGCCAUAAUGACGUAUAUGUUUUAGACGUCUGCUCGAAACAUUGACAAUGAUCACGACAAAUCGACAUAUUUUACAUAAUUAAAGCGGCAAUGUUGUAUUCACGCAAAAAUCUUAGAAACGAAUCACAAACAAAAUCAUGUCACGAUAUACAUAAUCAUAUGUAUGGUCGUGAUUAAAAUGACCGAUGUGACGAGAAAGCGAUGAAGACAAUCUUUGCUAGUAAAAUGUAAACUAUUACAGGUAUCUUUUACAAUCGUACCAUCGCAUAAACUAUUGGAUAGCAUCAUUGAUGAUCGAUCUCAAAGCGUUUCGACCGCUGCGGCCGCGCGGUCAUUACGAUCCGUCAAUUUUCUUGAGGAAGGAAUCAUUUCCGAAAUCAAUCGUUCAUCCAAUUGACAUUGACCACAGUACAGAUUAAUGAUUUUAAAAUCUGAGAGUAAAACUGAUUGUUGUCUUUGUUAAAAUUUGAAAAAUUGCAAUGACGGCGUGCCCGCAGCGGUGAAAACUCACUGAGAACCACCUGAUGUAACCUACAAGCACUACAUAUUUCCACAAGACCGAAAAAAAACACUACAACCAACGCAAAUCGCUACUAAAUAAAGGUGCUGUGUAUGUGCAUCAUUUAAAAUAAACUAUAAAUAUUCAUUAAAAUAUUAUACGAUAUAUUUUGGCGGUUAACCGACCAUUGCAGAUUGUUAACAAUACAUAUAUCAGUCUUAGACGACCUCGGUGGCGCAGUGGUAAAGUUCUUGCCACUGGACCGAGAAGUCCCUAGAUGGAAAAUGAUCUUUUUCUGAUUGGCCCGGGUCUUGGAUGUUUAUCUAUAUAUGUAUUUGUUAUAAAAUAUAGUAUCAUUGAGUUAGUAUCCCAUAACACAAGACUAGAACUUACUCUGGGGCUAGCUCAAUCUGUGUGAUUUGUCUUAAUAUAUUUAUUUAUUUAUAUUUAUUUUAAAUUGAGUAAAUUUUUAUUUAUUUAUUUUUUCCUUUUUUAGUUGCUAUCUCUGUUUGGUCUAAUGGUUGACUGGUAGAGAACGCCAUAUGGCGUACAUACAAGUCUUUUGUACAUUUUUUUUUUUAAUUUUGUGCAAUAAUGUUCUUAAAUAAAAAAUAAAUAAAAUUACCUAUCCAAAGUAAACAAUGUAUCAAAUAUAUAUGUUCGUGUAGACAAGCAAUAUAAUCUUAUUGUAGGACUAUUUAAAUGCCAAAUAUUGUGCCAAAAAUAAUAUUCUAGUGAGAAUAACUCAAUGAUCAAGUUACCGUGGGCAACAUCGAAUAAAUGAUAUGAAAAUAACACGAAUUUCAUUU